UCUUUGUCCCAACGAAAGCAAGUUGGAAUUCAAGCCUUGAAUACUCUACGAUCGUUUCCGAGUUCCGACCAUAUAAAACCCUAAAACUUCGAUUUUUUUUUUUUCUACUUCUUCUCCUCCAUCGUUCGGUGAGUGGUCUUCUUCCUUGCAGUUAGCUGGGCUCUCCUUUUCCUUCUCUCUUUCUCUCUCCUUCAUCGACUGUUGGGUUUGGUGGAUUCUUGCAACCAUUUGAAGCAAUCCAGCUGAUUGUUUGCCUUUUCUUCUUCUUAAUGGGGUGAGCUUGAAGCCAUCUGAGUCACUUUUGGUCUUUGUUUGGGGAUUUGUGAGGAAUUCUGGUGCUGAUGGAUAGUAGGGUUUUGGGGAGUUUUGUAAUUUUUCUUUUUCUUGGGUUUGUUCGGCCGUUGAUGGGCUUGCGGCCUCUCCGGGAGAGGGAUUCAGCUGCCGCAGCGUCUUGGGGCGAUGAGCGGCUUUUUUUGAGAAGGGAUGAAAAUGAUCUGAGUCCUUAUACCCAUUGGAAUAUUACAGGAACAUACAGAGGGAGGUGGAGUUUUGUAGAGAGCACUAAUGGUUCCUCUAGGUUUUUGAAUUUUGGGAAAUCAAAUGGUGAUUCAGUGCUAGAGCUAGUGAGUUCACCAACAAAGAUAAAUGGUGUACACUAUGUUCAAGGAGCUAUUGUUUUCCACGAUGUGUUUGAUAAUGAACGUGAUCUCGGAGUUGCUCGAAUCAGGGUAGAAGGUGUAUAUAUAUGGCCUUUUAAGCAACUUCGAAUGAUUGCAAAUAGUGGAACAGACAGCGAGCCAGUCCAGGAAGAGGAAUACUUUUUAUCCAAUCCAUAUCAUUUGCUUGGAGUCUUCUCCUCACAAGUAUUUCCAGAAUCUCCUCAUGACAAAGCUCGUCGGAGAAAAAGAGCACUUACUCAUGACAUGGAGAAGCAUUGCAACAUAGAAAUAUCUGCUCAAGUUUCACGGAUAUCGUCAACCCAAAGUGACGGCGAGCGGGACCGUUACCAUUUGGAGGGAUUAAUGGAAAGUCCGGCUGUAGAUGAUGAUGGAGAGUGUUUAUCACCUAUUUUAUUAAAUGCUACAUCAGUUAACAUUGAGGUCUACUACAACAAAGCAGUUAACUAUACCUUAAUGGUCACCUUUGUGUCCUUUCUCCAAGUUCUGUUACUGAUACGGCAAAUGGAGCAUAGCAAUACACAAUCUGGUGCUGCUAAAGUUUCUAUAUUAAUGAUUGGGCAACAAGCUAUUAUGGAUGCUUAUCUCUGUCUCUUGCAUCUUACAGCUGGUAUAUUAGUUGAGUCCCUAUUUAAUGCAUUUGCAACAGCUGCCUUCUUCAAAUUUGUUGUCUUCUCGAUAUUUGAGAUGAGGUACCUUCUUGCAAUAUGGAAGGCAAGUAGACCGCUGAAUAAUGGUGAAGGCUGGGAAACCAUGAGGCGUGAACUUUCAGUUUUGUAUAGCCGUUUCUAUGGCAUUCUUCUAGGAGGAAUUCUUAUCAUGUAUGAAUUGCACAACUUUUUGCGCCCCAUCUUAUUCCUGAUGUACUCUUUCUGGAUACCCCAAAUUAUCACCAAUGUCAUUCGGGAUACAAGAAAACCAUUGCAUCCUCAUUAUAUAUUAGGCAUGACCCUCACAAGACUUGCAAUUCCACUCUACAUAUUUGGAUGCCCGAGUAACUUCAUGCGUAUUGAGGUCAAUCAAAGCUGGUGUAUAUUUUUGGGAGUCUUCAUGGCAUUGCAGGCGUCUAUUCUUCUCCUUCAGCAUUAUUUUGGUUCUCGUUGGUUCAUUCCACGGCAGAUCCUGCCAGAAAAAUACAGCUAUUACAGGAGACUUGAAACUGAUACGACUCAAGCCGCUGAUUGUGUCAUUUGCAUGACUGCAAUUGAUGUCAUGCAGCGAUCAAAUGAUUACAUGGUAACACCCUGUGAUCAUUUCUUCCAUUCCGGAUGCUUACAAAGAUGGAUGGACAUAAAAAUGGAAUGCCCGACAUGCCGUCGUUCUCUACCUCCGGCAUGAGGGUCAAUUUCUUUGUACAAUGAUUAGAACUCGAGAAAAUGUUCCACUUGUUAUGUUGGGUGUCAAAGGCCAUUACCUCACAGAUGGAAGGCUGGUGAGUUGUCUUGCAGGGAAGCUGUUUGAUAGAAAGCGGAAAAUUAGGCACAAUGUUUAUACUAGAUCGGCUAAGGCCAAUCUCACACAUGGUUUUUUUAAUUAAUAAUAUCUAUUUUACAAAGGGUGUUGUAUAGAAUUGUUUCAUCCCUGGUCACUUGUACAAGAAAUGAAAGCCAGUUUUUCAUUGGAAAUGAGGACAAAGAAAUGGUAGGGAUUAGAUAAACAGGAUGAAAUAUUUCAUUGCAAUUACUACUGCCAUUGAUCCAAAUCA